AUGAAGGAGGCCGCGGCGAGGUUUGCUCCAGAAACACGAGGCAACUACGUUACGUUGCCGCUUCUUGCCUGCGUCUCGGCCACGCUCUUCGCGGUGAAGUGCGCUGGGUGCCUGGAGGCCAUCGCGCCCAGCGAGCUGGUGAUGCGGGCCCAGAAGAAUUACUUUGAACGUGCUGCAACGUGGAGUGUGCUGCCCGUUGUCUCUAAAGGACCUGCUUUCUCUUUUCCAGGCAAAAGUGACGAUGAAGACAGUGUCUGCAAAAUGGGCCAAGCCUCAGGGAAGGGUGCCGAGGACGGGAAGGACCACAAGCGGCCCAAGCGACCCCGCACGAUCCUGACCACUCAGCAGCGGAGGGCCUUCAAGGCAUCAUUUGAGGUCUCCUCCAAGCCGUGUAGGAAGGUGCGGGAGACGCUGGCAGCUGAGACGGGGCUGAGCGUCCGCGUGGUGCAGGUCUGGUUCCAGAAUCAGCGAGCGAAGAUGAAGAAACUGGCCAGGAGGCAGCAGCAGCAGCAGCAGGAUCAGCAAAACACGCAGCGCCUGAGCUCAGCCCAGCCCAAUGGAGGUGGCAACGCCGGGUUGGAGGGGAUCAUGAACCCGUACACCUCGCUGCCACAGCCACAGCAGCUUCUGGGCAUGGAGCAGAGCAUCUACAGCUCCGACCCUUUCCGGCAAGGGCUCACCCCGCCGCAGAUGCCCGGGGACCACAUGCACCCCUAUGGUGCUGAGCCCCUCUUUCAUGACUUGGACAGCGACGAUACCUCACUUAGCAACCUGGGCGACUGCUUCCUGGCGACGGCAGACGCAGGACCCCUCCAGUCCCGGGUGGGGAAUCCCAUCGACCACCUUUACUCCAUGCAGAGCUCCUAUUUCACAUCCUGA